AUGUUCGAACACCCAGAAUGUGAGGCGGUGCUGAUGGUGGACGCUGCAAAUGCGUUCAACAACAUCAAUAGGGAGACAGCACUGCACAACAUCAAAAUCAAGUGCCCUAUAUUCGCCCAAUAUAUUGAAAAUACAUACAAGGAACCUGCCAGACUGUUCAUCAGCAGUCAUAAUAACCAACGACUUGGAGACCCGGUGGCCAUACAAUCCUCAGAGGGCACCACCCAAGGGGACCCAGUGGCCAUGGCAAUGUUUGCCCUGGGAAUGAUGAAGCUGCAGGACAUCAUCCGCCAUGAAAACACCAACGUCAAACAGGUGGCGUAUGCGGAUGACCUCACCGGGGUAGGAAAGUCUGCAGACCUCAGGAAAUGGUGGGACCUCGUCAAUGAACAUGGCCCAAAAAUAGGGUACCAUCCCAACGCCACGAAGUCUGUGGUGAUUGUAAAACCAGAGGCAUACGAUCGGGCCAAAACAGCAUUCCAGGGCAGUAACGUGAAACUGUCAGUGACUGGAGAAAGACACCUCGGGGCAGCCAUUGGAACAGCUGAAUACAGAACCGAAUAUGUGAAAACGGCUGUAAAGCGCUGGGAGUCCGAACUGCAGAGACUGAGCGAGAUCGCCAAAACAGAACCGCAGCAAGCCUACGCAGCAUUUACGUACGGUGUCAAGCAUAAAUGGAACUACCUCAUGAGGACAGUUCCUGAUGUUGCUCCGUUACUAAAACCUCUGGAAGAUGCUAUCAGAAACACCUUCAUACCGGCGAUAGCAAAUGGGAGAUGUCCCAGUGACCAGGAGAGAAGAUUGCUGGAGUUGCCGCCAAGAAUGGGUGGGCUCGGCAUCACCAACCCGCAAAAUCUGGCUGAGUCUGAAUUCAGGAACUCAAUCCGAAUCACAGCCUCCUUGACCGGAUAUAUUACCAAUCAAAAUGAAAGGGUAGAAGACAACCCUCAAGAUAUUAGGUCACUAAGGAAUGAAAUCUCCAUAAACAGAGAAGGAAAACAGAGAGACACUCUGAGUGACCUAAUGAGAGAACUCCCAGAAGACACAAGGAGGAGGACAGAUAUUGCACAGGAAGUGGGCGCUUCAAACUGGCUAACCACACUACAUAUCAGGGCAAAAGGCUUCAACUUAAACAAAAAAGAAUUUACUGAUGCCCUUGCCCUCAGGUAUGGCUGGCCAGUGGAUGGGCUCCCAAACAUGUGUAACUGUGGCUCACCCUUCAACCAAAAUCAUGCCAUGACAUGCAAGAGAGGAGGUUUCGUCUGCAUGAGACAUGAUGAAGUAAGAGACGUAACAGCUCAGAUGCUGAAAGAAGUCUGCCACGACGUGACUGUGGAACCCAUGCUGCUCCCUCUGCAAGGCGAACACCUCGCCAGACGCACCGCUAAUGUUUCGAACAAAGCACGAGUGGAUGUUAGCCCCAGAGGGUUUUGGACUCGUGGACAAAGGGCAUACUUUGAUAUAAGGAUCUUUGAUCCCAUGGCCCAUUGCCACAGAGACCUGACCCUUGAUGCAGCCCACAGAAGAAACGAACAAGAGAAGAACAGAGCAUAUGAAGAAAGAAUACAGAACGUGGACCAGGGCUCCUUCACCCCGGUAGUAUUCACGACGGCAGGAGGGAUGGGACCAAGGGCGCAGAGCUUCUACGCAAGACUCGCCGAAACACUGGCGGAUAAGAAACAACAGCCAAGAAGCAGUGUGGUCGCCUGGAUGAGAUGCAGGCUGUCCUUCUCCCUCCUGAGGUCAGCCUUGGUCUGCCUGAGAGGAACCAGGUCACCUGCACCCAAAACCACCCGCAUUGCUGACCUGGACUUUGAGGCGACGGUGGUUGAUAGUCGUAUCAACCACAAGCUCUGUUAGCUUAAAAAUAAAAUGUUUAGUAAAGUUUGUAAUAUUAAAUAAAGAUGGUUGUCGGCCACAGUCAUUGGCGGGGUGGGGCCAAUGAAUUGCUUUGUGAAAGGAUAUGAGAGAAUAUACCGCUCACAACGCAACUCUAAUAGAUGGAGGCCC